AGCGCACCGCUUCCACGGCGCAGCGGGCGGGCGGCAGUCCAGAAAUAUCUGCACCAGCGCGACCGACUAAGCCCUAGGCGCGACAAGUGUGUCGCGUGGUGCUGCAGGAGGCCGCCGGGCGGCUGAUAGCAGACGCGGGAUGGCGUAGGUCGCGGUUGGCGUCGUGGGACGUUGCUUCGAGCCGCGGAGGGUUUUGGCUCAAUUUCAUCUGUACAAGGAGAAACCCUUCAGUGAACAUGAGUGAAGAUGAAAGGUUUGUAACUCUGAAAGAUACAGAAAAAGAAAACCAAUAUCAGAAUGAGGCAAAAGUACAUCAGGCACCAUCAUAUAGGAAAGCACUUCCUCAGAUUGUUGCGUGCCUCGCUAUGUAUAUUCAAGUAAUACAAGCAGGAAUCAACAUGGCAUACUCCGCUUUGCUGCUGCCACAACUUGCAGCGAAUGACUCUCUUAUUCCUGUCGACGUGGAUGAAACUUCUUGGAUUGCGAGCCUCGUGACAAUAACCACCCCCAUUGGAUCCCUUAUUUCUGGACCGCUGAUGGACAACUGCGGGAGGAAGUUCUCAAGCAUAUUCUCGUGUGUCUCAAUGUUGGUGUCAUGGAUCCUAGUGGCUUCAGCUACAAAUGUGACAAUGAUUUACAUUGCCAGGAUUUUUGCAGGUUUGGGUGGAGGUCUCACGACCAUAUCCCUGGUGUACGUGUCGGAGGUGGCUCACGCGCACUUCCGGCCGAUGCUGCUGGGCCUGAACAGCGUGGCGGUGGCUCUCGGCAUCCUGCUGACCUGCGCGCUGGGCACGUGGCUGAGCUGGCGCGCCGUGGCCGCGUGGUUCGCCGGCCUGUCCCUGCUCGGCUAUGCGGCCACCCUGCCCGUGCCCGAGAGCCCGGCCUGGCUCGCCUCCUCCGGCGCCCGCAGGGACCAGGCCAGGCGCGCCGUGGCCUGGCUCCACCGGGACCCACAGGACGCCCACAUGGAACUUAAUCGUAUCAUGAGCAACGUAACGGCAAAAGAAGAUAAGAGAAAAUUUUUCGAUGCACCCAUUUUCCACCCGAGCAGAGCGGAGCUCAAACCUUUGGCCAUACUCUCUGCGAUAUUCCUCUUCCAGCAGCUUUCAGGUUCAUACGUCGUGAUAUUUUAUGCCGUCGAUGUCUUCAUGGACCUGGGCGGGAGCUUCGGUGCGGGAAUAGACAAAUACGGUGCCGUGGUGAUGUUCGGCACCAUCAGGUUCAUCAUCAGCAUCGUGUCUGCGUUUCUGUCGAGGGUGGUGGGGCGUCGCACCCUGCUGUUCGUGUCCGGCUGGGGGAUGGCCUCGGCUUCGUUCGCCGUCGGGGCGUACAUGCACGCGACCGGCUACUCCGCGGGGUCGGGGGCUCCGAGCCAGUCUUGGGGCUGGGUGCCCCUGGCGCUGGUGCUGCUGCACGUGAGCUUCAGCGGCGUGGGCUUCCUGGUGAUCCCGUGGACUCUCGUCGGGGAGCUGCUGCCCGGCAGGAUCAGGGGCACGGGCAGCUCGGUGAUGAUCGCAGUGGCCUACGUGCUCAUGUUCGCCGUGGUCAAGGCCUUCCCGUACCUGGUCCGGACGGCAGGGACCCCAAACGUGUUUGUGAUGUUUGGUUUCGUAACACUCUGUGGCAUUCUGUUUGUUUACAAACUGCUCCCUGAAACUUUGGGGAAAACACUGGAAGAAAUACAAGAAUCUUUCACAUGAAUAUUAAAAAAAAAAAAGUUCCUAAAAUAAAUUUGCAGAUAGUUAAAUUAAAUUUGUAAAUUAUGUACUACUUGUAUUAAUUUAAAUAUUUAGGAUUAAAAUUUACAAGUUGUACCAUGGUAUGCUUCCCAUUAAAGGAAAUUACCACAAGUUUGAUGUUCAGUGGUUUCAGCUAUAGAUGGUUAUCAAUUAACUCGGAGAAAGAACAGUGUUUCACAACAGAGGCUAAUAAAUAGUUGCACAGGAAUGAGGAGCGGCUGAAUCGGCAUGGACGAGUUGAGGGUAGAGCUUGCAUGGGGUUACCCCCACAGAAGAGCCAAGCUGUAAAAUAGAGGCGGAAACAGGAGCAUACAAAAUAAACCUAUGCCAUGGUGCACACUUCCCCACAAUAAAAUUCUCCAUCAGGAAAAUCCUCAGCCACAAGGCUCAUGGAGUUGACUACGGACUCUGCAGGUGGGAAUAGGCUGAAAUAAUUGUGGUGUGGGUAGUAUAAAGCUGGGUGCACAAUUGGAAAAAAAAAAAAAAAAAAAAAAAACCAGUAAAAGUAGGUCGGAUGCACAAGAUUUGACUGCCAUGUUUUCGAACCUAUGGAUUCACAAUAGUGCAUAGGAAGGUCGUGAUCAUGGGAGAGGGGGUAAUGUGCAUUAGGAGGAAAAAUGAAUAUAUUUUAUUCCUAUUUACAGACGCAUGGCACAGCAGCCAAUGAGAAUAGAGUACGAUGCAAUUUUGGUGGGACUAGAGAACUGUUUUAUAAUUAUCAACAAUAAUGUAGCAAGAAAUUGUCGAGAUAUACGAAGUUCAGGUACAUGUAAUUCCUGCUGUAAAAAAGAAUUAUUGCUAUUACUACUUUAUAAGUCACUAGCACUUAAUGUAUAAAUAUGUUAUGUGGGUAGAAUGGCAAACUAAAAUUUUUACAGAAUCCAAAUUAAUUUAUACAUUAGAAAAACUGUGUUCAAAAAUUGCUGGUCAGAUGUUGAGGGAUGAUCAUUUGGCAGUUAAUAUAGUUACGUAUUUACUAACACUACCGACAAUGUCGGAUACACAGCAAAAUUUCAUCAGCUAAAAUUAACAGUAAGAUUUCAAUUGUGCUUGACCUGCCGUGCACUCGCUUAUGAUUUUUAAUUGUGAACCCAGCUUAAUACCUUGCGAAACCUAUGAAAUAGGUCACGUGGCUGGCUGGUGAUAAACAACA